AUUGACAUUUACUCUGCAGUCGAUUCAUUAAUAAAGGAUGCCACAUCAUCUGCUGUCAAAAACCGACUCCAGAUAUUUGCCAACAUUACUGAAGUGAAAAACCUGCACUCACUUAACUCAGCCAUCUGUUUUGGUUAGCUCUGCCGAUGAUUUUCCUUGUUUUGCCCCUUGCUGAUCCUUUUCUCUCGGCUCCCGGAGAGGCGGGGCCCGGCUCCCUGCACCGCCCCUCUGCGUUGACUGGUGGGCCGCCGGGGCGAGCCUGCGCGUGCGCACUGGCCUGUCCGCGGCAGGUGGAGUAUGGAGGCCCUGCCCUCCUCCGUGGAGUGGUGCGCCCGAUGGUUUCCUUUGACGCAGGCGGGCAUUUGGAAGGUGUGGCUAUGUGAGUUCUGGCUGCUACUGCUGGGUUCCGGUUUGAAAGCGCAUCUUUUGCCUGACGAGGAGGACGUAACGUUUAUCAAUGAGUACGUGAACCUCCACAAUGAGCUCCGGGGCAACGUCUUGCCCCGAGGGGCUAACUUGCGCUUCAUGACUUGGGAUGUAGCUUUGUCUCGGACUGCUAGAGCAUGGGGGAAAAAAUGUGUGUAUGAGCGUAAUAUUCAUUUAGAAGAACUAUAUAUGGCCCAUCCUAAAUUUAAUGGUAUUGGCGAAAAUAUAUGGGUCGGCCCUGAAAAUGAAUUUACUGCAAGUAUUGCUAUCAGAAGUUGGUUUCAACAGAGGAAAAAGUACAAUUUUGAAAAGAACAGUUGCUCUGAUAACUGUUCUAACUAUCUACAGCUUGUUUGGGACAGGUCUUACAAAGUCGGUUGUGCUGUUACUCCAUGUUCAAGAAUUGGACGUAUUAAACAUGCAGCACUUUUCAUAUGCAACUAUGCACCAGGAGGAGGUCUGUCAAGAAGGCCUUAUCAGCGAGGAUUAAUGUGCUCUCAAUGCGGCAGCUAUGACAGAUGCACAGACUUUCUAUGCAGCAAUGCAGAUCGUGACCAAGCCAUAUAUUACCGAUAUUGGUAUCCAAGAUGGGAAGUACCCCGACCAAUUGUAUGUGAUCCACUGUGCUUAUUGAUUUUAUUUCUGAGAAUGAUGUGUUUUUCACUGAGUGCCACAAUUGUCUUGAUAAUACAGUCUUAUUUUCCAAAUAUAUUAGUGGAAGAAGAGAUGGUUUUUACCCCUGUGGAAACUGGGCCAGCAAAAGAGGAGGGAAAGAAAGAGAAGCAGGUGGAGGAGGAGGAGGAAGAAGAGGAGGAGGAGGGGGGAGAAGGGGAAGAGGAAGAAGAGGAGGAAGAGGAGAAGAGGGGGGAGGAGGGAGCGGAGGAAGAGAAGGAGGGGGGAGCGGAGGAA